ACGUCGCCCCGAGUCGAAGCGACUCUGUUUACCUCGCUUUAGCUUGAUACGGGUGACAGCGACGCGGUUCAGUUGCGAAUUGUUUUUCGUCAUAGGAGGUUUUCACAUGCAAGAUCGUUCGAACGUCGGCGAGACCACGUGUACUUCAUUUGUGAAAUUUAUCGUGAACUCCAUCUUACGAUUGUAGCACAUUUCCUCGUAUGCACAACAUGGAUUUGCCAACCGUAGACGCGUCGCAACCGAAGGCUAUAAGAAUGGCAGGGUCACCAAUGUUAGAAAAUGAGAGCGGACCAGAGGAUGAGCAACCGUUCCUCAGCAUCACGGACAUAAUGUUAAUUCUCGGCAUCCUCCUGGCAAUGAUGUUUGUCUACGUGAGAAGUAGAAUGCGAAGGGAGGCCGCGCCAGCACCCAAAUCCUAUUCUAUUCAGCCGACAUCGUUCGCCGUGGCACCUUCAUCGGAAAACUCCUUUAUCAAGAAACUGAAGACUUCCGGGCGAAGUCUGGUAGUGUUCUAUGGCAGUCAGACAGGUACUGCCGAAGAAUUUGCUGGUCGUCUUGCCAAGGAAGGUAUCAGAUAUAAGAUGAAAGGAAUGGUGGCUGAUCCUGAAGAGUGCAACAUGGAGGAGUUAGUACAUCUGAAAACGAUUCCCAACAGUUUAGCGGUAUUUUGCCUGGCUACAUAUGGAGAAGGCGAUCCCACUGAUAAUGCGAUGGAGUUUAUUGAUUGGCUCAAAAACGGUGAUGCUGAUCUUACAGAAUUAAAUUAUGCGGUAUUUGGGCUGGGUAACAAGACCUACGAGCAUUAUAACGAGGUGGGCAUAUAUGUGGAUCACAGAUUGGAGCAGUUAGGUGCUACACGUGUCUUUGAACUAGGUCUUGGAGAUGAUGAUGCAAACAUAGAAGAUGAUUUUAUCACGUGGAAAGACAAAUUUUGGCCGGCCGUCUGCGAAUUCUUUGGCAUCGAGGGAGCAGGUGAGGAUGUUAGUAUUCGGCAGUACAAACUCACGGAACAUGUAGAUAUGCCGGCCGAACGUAUCUAUACCGGAGAAUUUGCUCGUCUUCAUUCCUUCAAGAACCAGAGACCGCCAUAUGAUGCAAAGAAUCCAUUCUUGGCUCCUGUGAUAGUGAAUCGCGAGUUACACGGUCCAACAUCCGAGAGAUCAUGCAUGCAUAUCGAAUUUUAUAUUGAAGAUUCCAAGAUACGUUAUGACGCAGGCGAUCAUUUGGCAGUCUAUCCUGUGAACAACGCGAAGUUGGUGAACAAAAUUGGCGAACAAUGUGGAGCGAAUUUGGAUAUUGUUUUUACUCUUACUAAUACAGAUGAGGAAUCCACAAAGAAACAUCCAUUUCCUUGUCCUUGCACUUACAGAACUGCCUUGACGUAUUAUCUGGAUAUCACAAGUAACCCGCGCACACACAUUCUCAAAGAAUUAGCCGAGUACGCGACCGAUCCUGCAGACAAGGAAAAGCUAAAACUGAUGGCAUCAACUACUGCAGAAGGCAAAGCAGCUUAUCAGCAAUGGAUAAUUCAGGAAAAUCGCAACAUUGUGCAUAUUCUGGAAGAUAUUCCCAGCUUGAAACCUCCAUUAGAUCACCUAUGCGAGAUUUUGCCGCGGUUACAAUGUCGAUACUAUUCUAUAUCUUCGUCUCCAAAACUUCAUCCAACUACGAUUCAUAUUACGGCGGUAGUAGUGGAAUACAAAACUCCGACUGGCAGGAUAAAUAGAGGUGUAACGACCAGUUGGUUAAAGGAGAAGCAUCCCUCCGAUCCGCCCUGUCUCGUCCCGAUCUUUCUAAGGAAAUCUCAGUUCCGUUUACCAACGCGCCCGAAUAUCCCCAUUAUUAUGGUUGGUCCAGGAACCGGUCUAGCACCAUUUAGAGGCUUCAUACAAGAACGGGAUUUUGCAAGAAAGGAAGGUAAAGAGGUCGGUGACACGAUACUGUAUUUUGGAUGUAGAAAAAGUCAAGAGGAUUUCCUUUAUCGCGAUGAGUUAGAAGAAUAUGUGAAGAAUGGCACAUUAACAUUGCACACUGCGUUUAGUCGAGAGCAGUCACAUAAAGUCUAUGUCACGCAUUUGCUUGAGAAGAACAAAGAGGAAAUAUGGCAUGUUAUCGGCGAACAAAAUGGACAUAUUUAUGUUUGCGGGGAUGCAAGGAAUAUGGCCCGCGAUGUACACAACAUACUAUUAAAAGUUGUAAUGGAACGCGGCAAUAUGUCGGAACUUGAUGCCGCGAAUUAUAUCAAGAAAAUGGAAUCACAAAAGCGAUAUUCCAGUGAUGUUUGGAGUUGAGUCAUAUUAACUGUAUCAUAGAAAAAUAGAAAAGCAUUUUUCAAUCAGAGAAGCAUUUUAUAAAUGCGUAGGUCAGAAUUUGAUGCUUAAUUCAUUGAAGUGACGGGAUAGUUGUUAGUAGUGACAUUCAAUUAAAUCGUCUAUCAUUCGUUCUAUUUUCA